ACCGACUCUCCUCAACUGCUCACCACCCGCACAAGCCGAGGUAUGUCUUUCGUCAACCCGAGUGCCCUUCAGAGCCUGGGGAUGCAAUCGCUGUCAUCUAUAGGGAUGGCGGCGACACUGCUUUUCCUCUGCGACAAGAGCUGAAGAACCCUCAUGCUUGCAGUCUGAGGGCACUCUCCAUGCUCUGGCAUCUGGAGGCUAACCACAAUUCUGCGCGUAGAUACCUCAGUCGCCCUCCGCCGCCACCGAGAAUCUCCACACGCCGCCAAAAUGGUCAAGACCUCCGUCCUUAACGAUGCGCUUAACGCCAUCAACAACGCCGAGAAGGCUGGCAAGCGCCAGGUCCUGAUCCGUCCUUCCUCCAAGGUCAUUGUCAAGUUCCUCCGCGUCAUGCAGAAGCACGGCUACAUUGGCGAGUUCGAGGAGGUCGAUGACCACCGCAACGGCAAGAUCGUCAUCCAGCUCAUUGGCCGCAUCAACAAGACCGGUGUCAUCUCCCCCCGUUACAACGUCCAGCUCCGCGACAUGGAGAAGUGGGUCGUCAAGCUACUCCCCUCUCGUCAAUUCGGUUUCAUCGUCCUGACCACCUCUGCCGGUAUCAUGGACCACGAGGAGGCCCGCAGGAAGCACGUUGCCGGCAAGAUUCUGGGUUUCUUCUACUAGGAUGUUCUAGAAUGUGGUGGAGUGGGAUGCAAUAUACCCGGGCUUAGACAAGCAAAAUCAUCUGUAUUUGGCUAAGUGGUCCAUCAUGGGAGCGUUCAACGAAGAAAUGACAAAAAAGUUGAUGAAUUCAAAUGACUCUUUUUGAGUGGUUUAUCAUUAUUGUGACUAUUAUUGUAUGUGUUGAGUGAAUAUGGAUUAGCAUAUGUUUGGGAGGUAUUUACUGAGUUUGUACUUUUUUCCAAAGUCAAGUCAAGUUGAUUUACCAUCAGUAAAAUA